CUGCAAGUGACAGAAUGGGGAGGGUUCCGUCCCUCUUGUGCUCUUGGAGAGCCGGGGGGCUAUAAAAAGAGGAGGCGCAGGGCAGCUGGGAGACAGAGGCAGACGGAGGCUGAGAGAGGGAGGCGAGAGGACAGGGGAGCAGCAAGCACCGGGCCACUCCUCGAGCGACGCCAGCAUGGGCUCCCCCAUCGCCGCAAGCUUCCUCCUCUUCCUGGCAGUUCAGCUCCUGGGGCAGACGGGCGCUAACCCCGUGUACGGCUCUGUGUCCAACGCAGACCUGCUGGAUUUCAAGAACUUGCUGGACCGCUUGGAGGACAAGAUGCCUUUAGAAGAUGAAGCCGAGUCUCCCCAAGCCCUGAGUGAGCAGAAUGCGGAAGCUGGGGCAGCUCUCAGCCCCCUGCCUGAGGUGCCUCCCUGGACGGGGGAGGUCAGCCCAGCCCAGAGAGAUGGGGGUGCCCUUGGGCGCAGCCCCUGGGACUCCUCCGAUAGAUCUGCCCUCCUGAAGAGCAAGCUGAGAGCCCUGCUUGCUGCCCCUCGGAGCCUGCGGAGGUCCAGCUGCUUCGGAGGCAGGAUGGAUAGGAUUGGAGCCCAGAGCGGACUGGGCUGCAACAGCUUCCGGUACUGAAGAUAAUGGCCAGGGAGGAAAAGGAGGCCCUGGCCCGGGGGCAGACUCUGAGAGACCCUCGUCCCUUGGGGUCUCUCACUCAACUUUGUCCCAGCUCAUUGCCAUCAAGUUGAGCCGUGACGAGCACCGAGACCGUAUUCAAGCUGCAGCCUCUUGGCGAUGUUUCUCACGUUCUAUGCUAAACGUAGAUAACUUGGCUGAAUUGUGGCUUUCCCACCCCUCCCACCCCACGCGUUAACAGUUUAGCAUAGACACUCACCUGUUACUGAAAGGGGUUUGAAAACCAAUAAACUUCAGCACCACGGACAGCAGCCAA